ACGGCGACCGGCCGCUUGUAAAUAGCGUGUUUUCUUCUCCAUGCGAACUCAAACACAUUCUCGUUGUACGCGGACACACGGCUGCAUCUGUCGUCAGAUUCACUCAACACAAACAUCUCCGGACACAUUUCGAUCUCAGAAAGUUGUGAUUUGUGUACGCUUUCAUUUUUUAAUCAUAAAGCAGAUAUUUGGAUGAGACAUUGGAAGAUUUUUUACAUUUAGGUCGACAUCAAGGUGAGACAGUAUCAUAAGUGUGUUCUGCUGGUGUCACAGAGAUGGAGAAGUAUGAGAAGAUCAGUAAGAUUGGUGAAGGCUCGUACGGCGUCGUGUUCAAAUGCAGGAAUAAAGACACCGGACAGAUCGUCGCCAUCAAGAAGUUUGUAGAAUCUGAGGAUGAUCCCAUCAUUAAGAAAAUAGCGCUCAGAGAAAUCCGCAUGCUGAAGCAACUAAAACAUCCAAACCUGGUGAAUCUGAUAGAGGUGUUCAGAAGAAAGAGAAAACUGCACCUGGUGUUUGAGUACUGCGACCACACUGUCCUAAAUGAGCUGGACAGAUACCCCCGAGGUGUUCCAGAGCACAUGGUUAAAAGCAUCAUCUGGCAAACACUUCAGGCUGUGAACUUCUGCCACAAACAAAACUGUAUUCACAGAGACGUGAAGCCUGAAAAUAUUCUCAUCACCAAACAUCAGGUCAUCAAGCUCUGCGACUUUGGCUUUGCCAGGAUCCUCACGGGUCCAUGUGAUUAUUACACGGAUUAUGUAGCGACACGGUGGUACAGAGCUCCAGAACUGUUAGUGGGAGACACGCAGUACGGCCCGCCAGUGGACGUCUGGGCAGUAGGGUGUGUGUUUGCAGAGCUGCUCUCUGGCGCCCCCUUAUGGCCGGGCAAAUCUGAUGUAGACCAGCUGUAUCUGAUUAGGAAAACUCUGGGCGAGUUGAUUCCUCGACACCAGCAGGUGUUCAGCACUAACCAGUUCUUUAGCGGAGUUUGUGUCCCAGAACCACAGGAGAUGGAGCCUCUUGAACUGAGGUAUCCAAACCUCUCAUACCAGGCACUGAGCCUCAUGAAGGGUUGUCUGCGGAUGGAUCCGGCUGAAAGGUUGUCCUGUGAGCAGUUACUAGAACAGCCAUACUUUGACAGUCUGCGAGAGGAGAGCGAGAGUGUGACACGUGAACUGGACCGAAAGAGACGCACACGCCAGCCACGCAAACACCUGCCUCCUGGGUAUCUGCCUCAGUUGGCCAGCAGCACUGUCUUCCCAGCCGUGGAGAACAGAAGAUACUACAACAACCUGCGCAAAUUCAACUGUCAUCUGCCCAACAUAUGAUGGACGCCGACUCAUCAGGAACCCGAGAACUGAGCGUCCACCUCCCAGCUGGUGUGUGAAUGUGAGAGAGAUAGACAAAGGGCUCUGCUCUGCCUGUAGAACAAUGAUGUCACACUGCCAAAUCAAAGACUCACAGAGGCAUUUCUGUAAUAUGUAAAAUGACAACAGCAAUAAUAAUAGCAUUAAAAUUGGAUGUUGUGCUGUGCUUGAUAGUUUGAUUAGAAACUGACACCGUGCAGUGCUGUAGAAGAGUUUGCUCUGUGGGACUUUUUUUUUUUAGAUCCAGAUAUUUUUCUUAAUUAUAAACUCUAAUGAUGCUUCAUGUAUGUUUGAAGUGUGUAAAUAUGACUAAAAUCAUUUCUAGAAACGUAACCAGAGGCUCAAAACAGAAUCUGCAGACUUUUCUGUGGAGAAAGACUUUGGAAUUCUGCAGAAUGGAUUUUAAAAAUCGUAAAAUGGAAUUGUGAGUUUGCUGAAAGCAAAUUAGCCAAAAUAUUUAAUAAAUGAACACACAAGGGUUUGGGGAUGUGUCGAACUUGUUUGAAUUGUAGAGAAAUCUGUGGUGCUUUCUGUGUGUUCCUGGACAUAACCCUGUGCUUUGUUUGACAACAUUUAUUAGCCCAUUGUGGACAUAAUGAUCUUUUUUGUUGCCUUUACGACUGGUGCUAAUAAUUGAGCCACUGUCUCGCACCAAAUGCCAAAUUCGAGAGACAUGAUUUUUGGUGUUGAAAUGAUUAGAUGUAAAAUGAAAUAGUUUUUGUUUGUUUUCAGACUAAAUCAUUAAAGAUCUUUCUGCAACAUA